GAUCCCCAACCCAAAGGAGGAUCCAGUUAAACGUAGAACCCGCUGUUCACUUUGCAGUUCCUUCGUGUGGGGGUGUUUCUGCAUUUCUGGUUUUGGAUCGGAUUGUUAGGGUUCCAAUAGAAUGGCGGAGCACUCUGAAAACCCCAUCGAAUCGGUCAUUGAGAAGAUAAGCGAGAAGAUAUAUGAUCACGACUCGUCGUCGUCUUCGGACUCGGACUCAGACUCAGAGAAGCCGGCGUCUCCCUCUUCUGUGAAAGCCAAGAUUUACCGCUUGUUCGGGAGGGAGAAACCUGUCCACAUAGUUCUCGGGGGAGGAAAGCCCGCUGAUGUGUUCUUGUGGAGGAACAAGAAGAUCUCAGCCAGUACGCUUGGUGGAGCCACUGCAAUAUGGAUCCUUUUUGAAUUGAUUGAAUAUCACCUGCUUACUCUAGUCUGCCAUAUUCUGAUAUUUUUGCUUGCAAUUUUGUUCUUGUGGUCCAAUGCCCAUACUUUUAUCAACAAGACCCCUCCUCGCAUCCCCGAAGUUCAUCUUCCAGAGGAGCCAUUCUUCCAGGUUGCUUCUGCGUUGAGAAUUGAGAUAAAUUGGGCUUUUGCAACUUUGCGGGAUAUUGCAUCUGGAAAAGAUUUGAAGAAGUUUCUCAUUGUUAUAGCUGCCUUCUGGGUCCUGUCAAUUGUGGGAAGUUGGUGCAACUUCUUGACGUUGUUUUACAUCUCUUUUGUUUUGCUGCACACAGUACCUGUUCUGUAUGAGAAGUAUGAAGAUAAGGUCGAUCCAUUUGCAGAAAAGGCAAUGAAUGAGAUCAAAAAGCAGUAUGCAGUUUUUGAUGUCAAGGUUCUAAGUAAGAUUCCGAAAGUCCCAUUGAAAUCAAAGACCACUUAGAGAGUUAUGUAAUUCUUUCUCCCAGAAGACAUUUGGGUGGUCAACGGUUUCUGUAAGUGGUGAUAUCUUCGAAUAGCUAUUUUCAGUGUCUUCAAAUUAUAUUAGAUCAAAUUUGUUACAAUAUGGGUUUUGUUCCAAUGCUUGUCAGCAUGGAGAAUAGGGUGGUGUCCAAGGUGGUUUUGUCAAAUAUCAAACAUGAGCCAGUUUUUUGAGGGGUUCCAUGGUUGGUGCUCCUAAUAUUUGAAUUGAAUUUAAUCUGAGAUCAAAUUUAUGUUUGACAA